UGAUCAGCCAGUGUUCACCAGACAGACUGACACCAUGAUACAGCUUGCCCUAUUACUGCUGGUUGGAGCUGCUGCUGCAGUGCCCCAUGAGAAUGGUAAGAUCGUUGGGGGCUAUGAGUGUGAACCUCACUCUAAACCCUGGAUGGCCUCCCUCAACUAUGGAUAUCACUUCUGUGGAGGAGUGCUCAUCAAUGAGCAGUGGGUGCUCUCUGUCGCAAACUGCUGGUACAACCCUUAUAGUAUGCAGAUUAUACUUGGAGACCACAACCUGCGUGUGUUCGAGGGAACUGAACAGCUCAUGAAAACUCAAAAUAUAGUCUGGCAUCCCAGCUAUAACUACCAGACCCUGGACUAUGACAUAAUGCUGAUCAAGCUGUUUCACCCUGUGGAGAUCAAUCAAUAUGUGAAGCCCCUCCCUCUGCCUGCUAACUGCCCAAUCGCAGGCACCCCUUGCUCAGUCGCUGGCUGGGGCAACACUGCCUCCGGCGAUCAAGUGAACCUGCCCACACAUUUGCAGUGCCUGGACGUACCCAUACUAGAGGAUGAGAAGUGUCACAAUGCCUACCCUGGCCUGGUGACCCCCAGGAUGGUUUGUGCUGGAUACAUGGAUGGAGGCAGAGACGUAUGCAAUGGGGAUGCUGGCAGUGGUUUGGAGUGUUUGGGGGAGCUUCAUGGCCUGGUGUCCUGGGGUCGUGGGUGUGCCUUACCAGGCUACCCGGGAGUCUACGUCAAAGUAUGCGAGUACCUUCCAUGGAUUGAUGAGACCCUCAGAGCCAACAUGUAAUGCCACGUGUAAUCUGUAUUCACUUCCUGUUUCUGCUUCUUGUUUGAUACUAACGCAGAAUCAGCAGAGCACAAGCAUGUGCAACACAAUAAAAAGUCAAUUUACGAUG